GACACACCCCCAGCCCACAAAAUCGUCAAAGGUGUGGGACUCUCUGAAGCAGUGGAUAUUUGAAUAGUCUGGAGCGAGAGAGAGAGAGAGAGAGAGAGAGAGAGAGAGAGAGAUGGAGGGAGAGAAGGAAAUGAAACAAUCAAAAUUCAAGAGGGUGUGUGUUUUCUGUGGGAGUAGUCCCGGAAAGAAGAGCAGCUACAAGGAUGCUGCUAUUGAGCUUGGGAGAGAAUUGGUAUCAAGAAACAUGGAUCUGGUCUACGGAGGAGGAAGUAUUGGUCUAAUGGGUCUGAUUUCCCAAGCUGUUUACGAUGGCGGCCGCCAUGUACUCGGGGUGAUUCCCAAGACCCUCAUGCCUAGAGAGAUAACUGGAGAAACAGUUGGGGAAGUGAAGGCAGUGGCAGACAUGCACCAAAGGAAGGCAGAAAUGGCUAGAAAUUCCGAUGCCUUCAUUGCAUUGCCUGGUGGAUACGGGACUCUUGAAGAGCUUCUCGAAGUCAUAACAUGGGCCCAGCUCGGUAUCCAUGAUAAACCGGUGGGAUUGUUGAAUGUGGAUGGGUACUACAACUCUCUGUUGUGUUUCAUCGACAAAGCGGUCGAGGAAGGCUUCAUUAGUCCCAGCGCGCGCCAUAUCAUCGUAUCAGCCCCCACCCCAAGGGAGUUAGUCAAGAAAUUGGAGGAUUAUAUUCCGCGACAUGAAAGAGUUGCUUCGAAGGUGAACUGGGAGACGGAACAACUAGGUUACCCCCCGAAGUUGGAUAUCGCGAGGUGAAGUGAUGAUCGCGAACUGAACUUAUUACUGCAAUGGAAGGGACUACUAAUUUUAGGAGAUUUGAAGGUUCCCUUCUCCAUGUGUAGGAAAUUCGUUUUUCACUUUAUUUCUGUGUAGAGUACUUUAAUUAAAAUCUUGGCUCAUCAACUUUUGUCUUCGACUUCAUUUGGAAGGUAGUUUGUUCUUCUAAUUGAUGAUCCAUUUCGGUUCUUCAAGUAGAAGGAAAAGAAGACGAAUCGGAAUCCUAAUAGAGUAGAAUUUCACGGCUUUUUCGCGAGAUUCUGAGUUCCAUUGUUAGCAAUCUGAUCUUGUGAAUCGAACAAAGCUUUCUCAAGUUUGGCUGGAAAUUUAUAACUAAUUAGAUCCAAUUUUGGAGUA